CUGUGCCGGAAGCAGUAUGCGCAUGAUGCAUAGAGUCGCGCUGUCGGCGAUUCCGGAAGAAACAAGAGUACGGCGUGGACAUGGGGAAGCAAAAGAAAGCAAGAAAGUAUGCGACCAUGAAGCGAAUGCUUAGUCUCAGAGAUCAGAGGCUCAAAGAAAAGGAUAGAUUAAAACCUAAAAAAAAAGAAAAGAAAGAUCCCAGUGCACUCAAGGAAAGAGAAGUCCCCCAACAUCCUUCCUGCUUAUUCUUCCAAUAUAACACACAGCUCGGCCCACCUUACCACAUCCUGGUUGAUACCAACUUUAUCAACUUUUCCAUUAAAGCCAAACUGGACUUAGUACAGUCAAUGAUGGACUGUCUGUAUGCCAAGUGUAUCCCUUGUAUAACUGACUGUGUAAUGGCUGAAAUUGAGAAAUUGGGGCAGAAGUAUCGAGUGGCUCUAAGGAUUGCCAAGGAUCCAAGAUUUGAACGAUUACCAUGCACACACAAAGGAACCUAUGCAGAUGACUGCUUGGUACAGAGAGUAACUCAGCACAAGUGUUACAUUGUGGCCACGGUUGACCGGGACCUUAAACGAAGAAUCCGGAAGAUCCCUGGAGUUCCCAUCAUGUAUAUUUCUAACCACAGGUACAACAUUGAGCGGAUGCCGGAUGAUUAUGGAGCCCCUCGGUUCUAAUUCUUAAAAGACACAGUUCCUCUGCCCUCCUUCAACCAACCUCCUCUGUUGCCAGUUCAUUAAACAUGCUAUAGCAUGAAUUAUUAUUCCAUUCACCCACUUGCUCUGUUAUGAGCUGAGUAUGGUUAAAUACACUCACUUUUUGAUGUUGUUUUGGAAAUAUUUUGUAUCAUUUUAAAAUUUGUUGCAUCUUUUUAUAAAUCAGAUGACUACUCACGCAA